GAUUGAGUCGGCCCUUGGUCGCAAAAACAGGCAUGAAACUACCAUGGUAGAGCAACAGAGGGUAGGACUUCCAAGAUGAAGUUAUGGGCUUCUCUCCGGGUUCGACAUGGGCUUAACGGGCUUACGAUGGAGCUUGGUGAUUCAGCAUAAUAUUCUUGGCAGGUUCGAGGAUAAGUAUAAAGACAACAUAUUUACAAACAUCGGCACCACAGCCUUACUUCGUAUCUUCGCAUCUUCGCAUAUUUCUUCGCAAGCACUAACCUAUUACCACCAACGAACAAAUACUAUACAUCACCAUGACUGGUAACGUCUGGUUCAUAUCCGGAGCCACCUCUGGCUUCGGGAAACACAUCGCCCUCGAAGCGCUGUCGCGAGGCGACUCCGUAGUCGCGACGUCGCGCACGGCGACCUCUAAACUAUCCAACCUGGCAGACCAAGGCGCGCUGCUGAUCGACCUCGACGUCACGGCCCCCGACGCCGAGAUCAGGUCUGCUUUCGGCCAAGCCGUCGCCAGGUUCGGCAAGAUUACCCACUUCAUCAACGCCGCGGGCUACAUCCUCGAGGGGCCCGUCGAGGGUGCCUCGUCGGACGACAUCGCCAAGACGUUCAACGUCAACGUGCUGGGCAACAUGAACCUGUCCCGGCACGAGGUUGCCCUGCUCCGCAAGCAGGGCAAGGGCGGAGUGAUCGCGAACUUCGGGUCCCUGGCGUCCUGGAGCGGAGGCCCCGCGUAUGCGUACUACUGCGCUACAAAGUGGGCUAUCUCAGGGUUCACAGAGUCGCUGUAUGCCGAGGUCAAGGAAUUUGGUAUCAGCGGGGUGGUGAUCGAGCCGGGCUACUUCAGGACGGGCUUUCUGAACACGGAUGGUGGGAACCGGAUGUUUGUCUCAAACUCGCUCGAGGAGGAAUACAGGGGGACUAGCGUUGAGCAUGUCAGAAAUGCGCUGAACGAGUUUGAUAACAACCAAGCAGGCGAUGUUGUUAAGGGGUGCAAGGUGAUUGUGGACGUAUUGACAAGGAGCGGAGUUGCAGAGGGAAAGGAGAUUCCCAUGAGACUACCGCUCGGGCCGGACACUAUCAAGGGAAUCCAAGAUAAGAUUGCGCAGACCAGCGAGUUGUUAAAGGAGUGGACAGACGUUGUCAACUCGACAGACCAUGACGAUGUAAAGAACGCAUAGCUGUCGGAGCGUGCGGCAGGAGAAUUUCUUGACCAAAAAUAUAUAGUUGCAAUACCUUUGACCAUUCUCGGUACACUGUGGAUUGGUAUUGCGCAAAUCAAUCACGUUUCUUUACUGUAACGAUAGACACAAAUGCUACAAAUCUUGAUUUGUUGAAAACCCUUAACGCCUGGCACAAUGCUGAUACGGUGCGUCUCCCCUCACUGCUCCACGCACGCAGGAUU